CCCGCGCAUCUUCUCCGCUUUCAUCUCCAGCCGCCUGCGCCUGGCAACUUUCAAUGAGGUCCUACCAAGCCCAAGCCCAAGCCCAAGUCCAAGGUUCGGCGCGGCCUCAAACAGCUGUAUCCAAGCUACUGUGGUUGUUAUAUCUUCUCUUUCCCUGACCAUACACGGAGUCACAGUCACUCUUUCCUUCCUUGUUCCUGCCUUUUCCCUUUUGCUCCUCCCGGUUGAUGUCUUAAAGCACCGGACCAGCGUCGGUGGACGAUUCUCCACAGAUCACCAUGGCUUCCGGAUUUAAGAAUGAGCUCAAGUCCCAGGGCGCCGUCGAGGCAGCUCAAGACCCCAACUCCUCCGUCACCGGCGACGAUGCUGAGCGUGUCCUGCUCAACGAGAGCCAGAAAGCCGGUGCGACUGCUUUGCACUUCGACCCCAAUGCCUCGCCAGAAGAAAAGGCCGCGCAAGCUAGAUCUCGGCAGAACGACACCAAACGUCCACCCAAAGGAGUUGGCAUAGCGACGGAUCUGGACGGUGGUCCGGACCAAUAUGACCUUCCUCCCCCCGAAUCCGCUGCCAUUGCCGAAACAGCCAAUGCACCCACGGCCGGAGCCCAAGGUGCGAAUGGCGCGCCUCCUGAAGAGAAAGAAGAAUGGUCUAAGGUUGGCUGGGCUCCACGAUUCGGCUCCGGUGAGACGGAAGAGGACGAAGAGGUGGGCAAUCUCCUUGACCAUCAGACCCUGUUGGAAUCAAAGCUAGAUGAUAAAUUCUUUGGCGAUUGGUACCACAAUGCCGCUGUCAUCGUCUUUUCAUGCCUUGCCUCGUGGCUCGUUGCAACACUCGGCGGGGGUCUGGCUUGGAUCUUCAUUAUCAUGGCCACCUGCGGCACCUACUACAGAACCUCAGUCCGACGGGUUAGGCGGAACUUCAGAGACGACAUCACUCGAGAACUGGCAAAGGCUCGUUUGGAGACGGACACAGAAAGCCUCGAAUGGAUGAACAGCUUCCUCGUAAAGUUCUGGCCUAUCUAUGCUCCUCAGCUUGCCAAAGGUAUUGUGCAGUCUGUCGACCAGGUCUUGAGCACUUCCACCCCGGCAUUUUUGGACAGCAUGAGAAUGGAGACUUUUAUUCUGGGUACUAAGCCUCCGCGUAUGGAACAUGUCAAGACCUAUCCGAAAUCGGAAGAUGAUAUUGUCAUGAUGGACUGGAAAUUCAGCUUCACUCCAACCGACACCAUGGACAUGACGGCUCGUCAGCUCAAGACCAAGAUCAAUCCGAAAGUGGUCCUCGAGAUUCGGAUCGGCAAAGGCGUGGUGAGCAAGUCAAUGAAGGUCAUUGUUGAAGACUUCGAGUUCUCGGGCUUGAUGCGCGUCAAGAUGAAGUUGCAGAUCGCAUUCCCUCAUAUCGACAGAGUCGACAUUUGUUUCCUUGGUCGUCCGACAAUCGACUAUGUCUGCAAACCGCUGGGGGGAGACACGUUUGGCUUCGACAUCAACUUUAUCCCUGGACUGGAGAACUUUAUUAAAGAACAGAUCCACGGAAACUUGGCGCCGAUCAUGUAUAAUCCGAAUGUCUUUCCCAUCGAAGUGGCCAAGAUGCUGUCUGGCAAUCCCAUCGAUUUGGCGGUUGGAGUCGUGGCGGUCACCAUCUACAAUGCGCAUGGGCUCAAGAACCCCGACAAAUUCUCAGGCACACCAGACCCGUAUGUAGUCGUGUCUUUGAACAGUACCAAAGAGCUAGGACGCACCAAGACCAUCCACGAAAACGCCAAUCCGCGCUGGAACGAGACCAUAUAUGUCAUCAUCACAAAUUUCACCGACUCCCUCACCUUGCAAGUCUUUGAUUACAAUGAUGUCCGGAAGGACAAGCAACUUGGGACUGCCACAUUUGCAUUGGAUCAGCUGGAGGCUGCUACUGACCACGAAGGUCUAAGCCUUGAUGUCCUCUCGGGCGGCAAACACCGUGGAGUGAUCCAGGCUGAUAUCCGCUUCUUCCCCGUCAUUGAAUCCGAGAAAUUGCCAAAUGGAGAAAUUCUGCCCCCACCAGAGUCCAACACAGGUAUCGCACGGAUCACCAUUGAACAAGCGAAAGAGUUGGACGGGAGCAAGAGCUUGGUCGGGGCUCUGGAUCCUUACGCCGUGCUGCUUCUUAAUGGCAAGGAAGUCCACAUGACCAACAAACUCAAGCAUACCAACAAUCCUGUUUUCUCGGACAACACCAAGUCGGUCCUUAUCACGGAUCGUCGGAAAGCUAGGAUUGGCUUGGUGAUCAAGGACAGUCGUGACCUCUCUAGCGAUCCCAUUCUGGGGACGUACCAGAUCAAAUUGGACGAUAUGAUGAAACUUGCCGAAAAGGGCCAAGAAUGGUACAAUUUGCACGGGACAAAAUCCGGAAAGGCCAAGUUACUAUUGGACUGGAAACCUGUGGCAUUGAAGGGUGCAACCGGAGCUGGUGGCUAUAUCACUCCGAUUGGCGUUAUGCGAAUCCACGUUCAAAGUGCAAAGAACCUUCGAAAUUUCGAGACGGUCGGCAAAUCCGAUCCUUACGCCAGAGUCCUGUUGUCAGGCAUUCCCAAGGGCCGCACGGUUACUUUCAAGAACGACCUCAACCCUGAUUGGGAUGAAGUCAUAUAUGUUCCUAUGCACACCCCGUCGGAACGGUUAGUUCUUGAAAUCAUGGACGAAGAGAAACUUGGCAAGGAUCGCUCAUUGGGCUUGGUUCAGAUUGCAGCAUCGGACUAUAUCAAGGAAAGCGACGAGGGCGGAUACGAAGUGCACGAUUCCAAAAAUUUACAUUCUGAAGGUUUACGCCUGGGCGGCACGGGUGGUGAGAAGGGUAUCGUCAACUACACUUGCGCCUUUUAUCCGACAUUGAAUGUGCUCGACCCGGAAGAGGAAGAAGAAGAACGCAAAGCGCAGGCAGCAAUGGAGACUACAGCUACUACGAAUGGGACACCAUCACACAGCAAGAAAUCCUCCGUUGAUGUCAAGUCUUCGCUCGAGAUGGCACGACCAAGUGUGGAUGGCCGCAUGAGUAUAGAGUCAGUUGGCCGCAUUGGGAGCCCAACCGCCAAUAGAGCACCGCCCUCAAUCAAUGACUCGGUUCUCUCGACCAAGAAGCAGGCUCCCAAGGUCAAAAUCACUGCCGAAGACCUCAGCAAAUAUGAAUCGGGCCUGAUCGUGUUCAAUCUCAUCGAAGGCCACUUUUCCGAGACGAACGUGCAGCUUGAAGUGCUGAUGGAUGAUCAUGCCUUCCCUGCGUACACUUCUGCAAAGAUCCGACAAAAGGACUUCCAUUUUGGCGAAACUGGUGAUGCCAUGGUUCGUGAGAUCGACAUGUCUCGAAUCACUCUUCGCCUGGUGGAGAAGACCGACAAAUCUGGAAAACAGGACGAGGACGAUAUUGUGGCCAAGCUUACCGGUCCGACACUCACGACUCUGCAACAGUGCUUGUACAAACCGACCGAGUUGACCAUGCGCGGCAACAACGGCGCCGCCAAUAAAGUGACAGUGCUUUUGAAGUAUUUGCCAGUGAAAAUGCAACUUGACCCUAGCGAAAGUAUCAACAACAUGGGAACGUUGAGAGUGGACGUGCUCGAUGCGCAGGACCUUCCAUCGGCCGACCGAAAUGGCUAUAGUGACCCGUAUUGCAAAUUCAAGCUCAACGGCAAAGAGGUGUUCAAGACGAAGACCCAGAAGAAGACACUUCACCCAGCUUGGAACGAGUUUUUUGAAGUACCCGUCUCGUCGCGUACUGCAGCGGACUUCAGGGUUGACGUGUACGACUGGGACUUUGGCGACAAAGCUGACUUGCUGGGUUCGGCAGUUCUGAAUCUGCAAGUUCUCGAGCCUCUCAAGGCACAAGAAAUGACUUAUGCUCUGGACGGCAAGUCUGGUACUCUCCGACUUAAGAUGUUGUUCAAACCAGACUACGUGACACGAGCUCGACAGGGUACUUCCACCUUCCAAGGCACUUUUGCGCCGGCAGGUAAAGUGAUUGGAGCGCCCGUGAAAGGCGUUGGCAAGGUUGGUGGAGGUGUUGUGAAAGGAGCCUCAUUUAUCAAACGGGGACUCAUUGGCCGAGGCGGCAGCAAAGACGAGACAGAGCACGAGGUCAAUGGAACCUCUUCCACCGAACAAGGUCUUGCAACCCCUACAAUAUCUACCCCGGUGGGCACCCCUUCCAAAGCCACACCCCCAAUCGACGGAACAACGUCGCCGGCCACUCCCACCAUGCUGCAUAACCGCAGCAAGAGCAAUCACUCAACGUUCACCAACACGCCGAAGGGUGCCGAGACUGGAACAGCCAAUUUCAUCAUAGUGUCAGCCAGCGGCUAUCCUCCAGGAGCAGAUGUCCGGGUACACGUGAGAAUGUUGGGAGCCAGAGGAGCCAAGGAGCUCUUUAAGACGAAGGCCAUCAAAUCAUCUUCGGGAGCUGUGGAAUAUGACACCAAUCACGAGAAUUUCAAGGUUCCUUGCAACGCGGACACGCAAUUUCAGGUGGUUGUCAAAGACCAUGACACCUUCCGCUCCAAGGACUUGGGCGAAGGGCUCCUGUUCGUGUCGGACCAGGGUGGAGGGUCCGAGCAAACCGUCAAGGCCGGAUCGGGCACUGUGACUAUCCGUAGUAGCUUCACAGCCAAUGCCGAGGCGUCCAGCGACGGGCUUAGACCGGUUACCAGCGGACGGGACAGCCCGGACUCGAAGCGCGACGGACGACGAAGCUUCUUUGGGCGGCGGGAGGUGAGCGGCAGGCACGAGGCUCAAUGAGCGACAGACAACGAGAAGCAAGGAAGAUUCGAUGCGACUUUCAGCGACGGCGUCUUUAAUGGAGGACAGGAGGAACUUGUGCGGAUGACCAUCCACGUGGCUUUCCCGACUUCGGCACUACUUAUUAUUGUACUUAAUUGCAGAGAUUCCAUAUAUUGCUUUUAGAGAUGCUCAUGGGGUUAAUGGAGCGGAUGUCGAAAAGCAGCAUAUCGUUUUCGAACAAAACCGGGGACCAGGAACCAGGACCAGGAACCAGGACCAGGUAUGGGCGGUGAAGGUCGGACGAAAUGAUAGGAUGCUGGUAGCAGAACCACGAUAGGGGUACUCGUAUCGAGAGCGGUCAAUGGCAGAGAAGAUUUGGUGAGCGGAAACCGUGGAAUGAUGGCGGGUCAAGGGCUACCACUUGACCAGUCUCUUUUGCAACGUGCAUACAUAGUAAGAAGUAGUUGGAGACGAGGCUGGCGACCUGCAUAUCAGUAUCUCCUGCUCUCUUGGUUGGCUUA